AUGAUCUACGUCAACUGGUACCACUACCAUAUUCCCAAACUUUUUGGCAUUUUCAGCUUUCUUAUAAACCCAAUUUUCAUUUAUUUGGUGCUGAAAAAAUCCAAAUCUCAAAUGGGAAAAUAUCGAUAUCUUUUGAUUUUUUUCGCCUGUUUCGAUGUUGCUUAUUCGGUUGCCGAGCUUUUGACACCUAUCGCCGUCAUCAACACAGGCUACGGUUUUGUCACUUUCAUCACAGAUGGUCCAUUUUUCGAUAACUACAUGAAUGGACAACAUGGUGUAUCCUCAAGAUGCUGCUUCAUUUCUCUAAGCUACGCAAUUUUGAUCAUUCACUUUGUUUAUCGGUAUCUGGUUCUUUUUAGCCCAGACUAUGUGAACAGAGUCUUUGAGCCGUUGGGAAUUUUUGUAAUUUUGGCAUAUUUCACGUUUCACGGAGUGUCUUGGACAUGGAUUUGUGAAUUUUGCCUAGCGCCGAAUGAUGAGAUUCGCGAUAUGAUUCGGCCGGCGUUUGAAGAAGUCUAUCAUGUUAAUUCAGAUAUUGUUCCGUGUUUGACGGGACAGUAUAUGAAUGCAAGUACAUACGUAAUGGCAAAAAGUUGGAUUGGAAUUUCUUCGCUAACCCUAUUCUCAACCUACUGUAUGACGGUUUAUGUGGUUCUAGGCUAUAAGAUUCUCACAAAAAUCUCGAAAAACUGCGCAAUGAGCAAGAACACCCUAGCCAUGCAUCGUCAACUAUUCAAAGCUCUCGUUAUCCAAACCUGCAUUCCAAUAUUUGCUAGCUUUUUACCUACAGUAAUCGCAUGGUACGCGCCAAUUUUUCAGAUUAACUUGACAUGGUGGAACAACUACAUUUGUAUCAUCGCACUCGCCGCAUUUCCAUUCAUCGACCCUAUUGCUGUAAUUUGUUUCAUUCCGAGCUACAAAAACACAAUUCUCGAAUGGCUUCGCUUCAAAAAAUUUACGUCGACUACAACGCCGUCUACCACAGAUGCCGCGUCGACUGUAUCCCGAAAACAGACUACAAAUAAUUCGACAACAAGGAAUGAAUAA